UCUCUAGCUCCGGCCUCUUGACCACCUCUCUGCUCACUUGCUUCAGCGGUUCCCAGUGGCUCAGGAGCUCCGGAGCCCACGUCUGACCUCCCAGUCAUGAGCAGGACCAGGACAGCCCUUCUCCUGUUGAUGGGCGUGGCUUCCUCUCUCUGCUUCAACUUGGACACGGACAAGCCGACCAUCUUCCCCAUGCACAGCGCCGGGUUUGGACACAGUGUGGUCCAGUAUGCCAACUGGGUGGUGGUGGGAGCCCCCCUGGAGAUAAAGGCUGUCAACCAAACCGGUGGUCUCUACCGGUGUGACUACAGCACGGCCACCUGUGAGCCCAUCCAGCUGCAGACGCCCCCAGAGGCUGUGAACAUGUCCCUGGGCCUGUCCCUGACAGCUGCCACCACACCCCCUCGGCUGCUGGCCUGCGGCCCCACUGUGCACCACGCAUGCAACGAGAACAUGCACUUGGCCGGGGUCUGCUUCCUGUGGGCCUCCUCCUCCUGGCCGACCCGGAGGCUCCCAGAUGCCCUGCAGGAGUGCCCGAGGCAGGAGCAGGACAUCGUGUUCCUGAUCGACGGCUCAGGCAGCAUCAGCUCCAGGGAUUUUGCCAAGAUGCUGAGCUUCGUGAAGGCUGUGAUGAGCCAGUUCCAGAGACCCAGGGCCCAGUUCUCCCUGAUGCAGUUCUCCAGCACCUUCCGGGUUCACUUCACGUUCAAGGAAUUCUCGCAGAGCUCAAACCCACUGCGGCUGCUGGACUCUGUGAGACAGCUGAACCAGUACACGCACACGGCCUCAGCUAUCCUGAGGGUCACAGAAGAGCUGUUCAGUGCCCACAAGGGGGCCAGACAGGACGCCUCCAAGAUCCUCAUCGUCAUCACGGAUGGGGAUAAAACAGGCGACAACCUGGAAUAUGAGGAUGUCAUCCCCCGGGCCGAGGCCAAGGGCAUCGUCCGCUAUGCGGUCGGGGUGGGGUCGGCUUUUCAGGACCUACGCGCCUUCGCAGAGCUGAACGCCAUCGCGUCCAGGCCGCCGCAGGAGCACAUAUUCAGAGUGGACAACUUUGAUGCCCUGAGAGACAUUCAAAGGCAGCUGAAAGAGAAGAUCUUUGCCAUUGAGGGUACGCACACCGUGAGCAGCAGCUCCUUCGAGUUGGAGAUGUCCCAGGAGGGCUUCAGCGCGGUGCUCACGCCCGACGGACCAGUUCUGGGCGCAGUGGGGAGCUACAGCUGGUCUGGAGGUGCCUUCCUGUACCCCCAAAACAAGAAACCUCCCACCUUCAUCAACAUGUCUCAGGAGAACCUGGACAUGAUGGACUCCUACCUGGGUGAGAGGAGGCUCUGGCUGGCCAGGUGGCAGUGCCGGGCCAUUCUCCGUGGGGAGCAGGGCCACCCCUGGGGCCGCUUUGGGGCAGCCCUGACCGCCAUGGGGGACGUGAAUGGGGACAAGCUGACGGACGUGGCCAUCGGGGCCCCUGGGGAAGACGAGAACCAGGGUGCCGUGUACCUGUUCCACGGAGCCUCGGGGCCGGGCCUCAGCCCCUCCCACAGCCAGAGGAUCAGAGGCUCCCAGCUCUCCCCCGGGCUCCAGCACUUUGGACAGUCGCUGAGCGGGGGCCAGGACCUCACCCUGGAUGGCCUUGUGGACCUGGCUGUGGGGGCCCAGGGACACGCACUGCUGCUCAGGACCAGACCUGUGCUCAGGGUGUGGGUGGAUAUCCGCAUAACACCUGCAGAGAUUGCUAGGUCUGUGUUCGAGUGUCGGGAGAACACAGCCUCCAUCCGGGACCUGGGUGAUGCCACAGUCUGCCUUCGUGUCCAUGAAAGUCCCAGGACCCGGCUGGGUAACCUCCAAAGUGAUGUGACCUUUGACCUGACCCUUGACCCUGGCCACCUGAGUCCCCGAGCCAUCUUCAAGGAGACGAACACUCGGCAUCUGAGCCGCGUCAGAGUCCUCGGUCUGAGACAGCACUGCGAGGACGUGAAGCUGCUGCUCCCUGCUUGUGUGGAGGACGCGAUGAUCCCCAUCACCUUGAGUCUCAAUUUCUCCCUGGUGGGCCAGCCCAUCCCUUCCUUUGGGAACCUCCAGCCUAUUCUGGCUCCGGACACCCGCAGACACUUCACGACCUCUCUCCCCUUUGAGAAGAACUGUGGGGAUGACCAUGUCUGCCAGGAUGACCUUGGCAUCACCGUUGACGCCUCUGGCUUGGAGACCCUGGUGGUGGGGAACACCCUGGAGCUGAACAUGGGAGUGAAAGUGUGGAAUGAGGGCGAGGACUCCUAUGGGACCACGGUCACCUUCUCCUACCCGCCAGGCCUGUCCUACCGGCGGGCGACAGUGACCCAGAGCCGGCCGCCAUCACGCUCCCUGCAGCUGGCCUGCGACAGCGGGAGCCAGGACGCCUGGAGCACCCGCUGCAGCCUCAAGCACAUCAUCUUCCGCGAGGGCGCUCAGGUCACCUUCGUGGCCACCUUUGACGUCUCCCCCAAGGCCAUUCUGGGAGACCGGCUGCUUCUAAUGGCCAAUGUGAGCAGCGAGAACAACUCCCCCAGGACCAGCAGGACCACCUCCCGGCUGGAGCUGCCCGUGAAGUACUCCGUCUACAUCGUGGUCAGCAGCCACGAAGAAUCCACCAAGUACCUCAACUUCUCGGCCCCAGAGGAGGAGGGGAGCAGCGUGGCCCAGCUCAGAUACCAGGUGAGCAACCCGGGACAGAGGGACCUGCCUGUCAGCAUCUACUUCUUGGUGCCUGUGGAGCUGAACCAGGCGGCGGUGUGGACAGAGCUGGAGCUCCUCCACCCCCAGAGCCCAUCUAUGAACUGCUCUUCAGAGAGAAUAGCGCCCACAGAGGCCGACCCCCGGGCCCACAUUCAGAAGAAUCCCGCGCUGGACUGCUCCGCUGCCGCCUGCCAGAGGUUCCGCUGUGACGUCCCCUCCUUCGGCACCCAGGAGGAACUGGACUUCACCCUGAAGGGCAACCUCAGCUUCGGCUGGGUCAGACAGACUCUGCAGAAGAAGGUAUCGGUGGUGAGUGUGGCGGGAAUCACGUUCGACAGAUCCGUGUAUGCCCAGCUCCCGGGCCAGGAGGCGUCUCUGAGAGCCCAGAUGGAGAUGGUGCUGGAAGAGUAUGAGGUGUAUGACCCCGUGCCCCUCAUCGUGGGCAGCUGUGUGGGAGGACUGCUGCUGCUGGCUCUCAUCACAGCCAUGCUCUUCAAGCUUGGCUUCUUCAAACGUCGGUAUAAAGAAAUGAUGGAUGACAAGCCCGAAGACGCUGCCAUGUUCAGCGGGGAGGCCCCCAAUUUGCCUUUGUCCUAAUAGUCUGCUUCUCUGUUUACUUCUCCCCCAUGGGCUGGUCUUCUGAGCCUCUAGACCACUUCCCUGGGAAUAAUUUCCACAUAGAACGGACUGGCCUGAGGGACUCGCCGGGCGCUACACCCCCUCCCCAGGCCUCGCCAACCUUCUUCAGUGAGAAGCCCUUGUACCCAAGCAGGCCUGAGGCCAGCAGGGACUGUCUUAUCUGUGAGAACUGCCACAUUAAACGAGGAUUUGAAAUA